CUCUCCCCCUCGCACUGCUAGCCAUCGGUGUGUGUUGUUGUUGAAGCAAUGAUGGCGGCGGCAGCGGGAUGCGGAUCAGCAACCGCGGCUGCCGUAGGAGGCCAAGGUGGAACCGCUGCGGCCAGAGGUCGUUUCCCCGGUCGGCCUUGGUCAUCGCGCAGUCGUUUGCGCUCCGAGAAGCGAUGGCAACUCGGGCGAUCAAGCUCAGAAGCUGAUGAUGUGACUAACGGAGGGCCGAGGCCCUCGAACCUGGCUCUUUCGUUAAACGAAGACCAGUCUCACUUGCGCCUACUCGGGAUAGAGGCAAGCCACAAGAUCCUCGGCCAGGCUGGAUAUAGCUCUAGUGGAAGCGAAGAGGGCGAUGACUUCAAAGGAUUUGAAGCAGACAAAAGAGGCUCUGCAGGAUCUGUGAUGCUGCAAAAGAGCUCUUCCAAAGGAAAUGCUGUCAGCACAAAAUCUAGGAGAAAAAGUGAGAAGCCGCCACAAAAAGUGCCAGCGAUCGAUGAGGCUGUCCCACCCGAUCCCGUGAAAGAUGCGAAAUGUCUUGGAGGAAAUGCACGGCAUAACUCUCGAAGCAACGCCAGCGAAGGAGUCGAAGAAAGCUUCCAAGGGAAAGAACACUAUGGACCAAGCGGCGGCGAAAAGCAGAGCUUCGGCGGCGGCACCGAGGAUUACAAUAAAGUUGGUGGCCAAAAAGAAAGUGAAAACCAUAAAGGAGCCGACGAAAAAAGCAGACAAGAAGCUGAAGGCGAAAGACGUGCAGGACCAGCCCGAUGUCGCGGGCAUUCAGGGAGAUCAGAUUUUAAGCGCUCAGAUAAAGUUAAAAACCGAGUCGUACGAGGAUGAACUCGGCCCCGGGGACAAAGCAGAGGGGACCAUACCUACAAGGAGGCGCGGGAGAUCUGCCGUGAAGGCAGCGGAGCCUGUAAGCCAGACUACUGCCAAAGUCCUGGUUGAUGACCAAAAAUCAAAAGAGAAACAACCAACCGACGCAGUUGAGGGCAGCGCGUCCGUGGAGCAAAAGCUGAACGUGAAAGACUUCAAGAAAAAGAAAGCGGCGCUGCCUCGGGGUCCUGGGGCUAAACAAGUGACGCGCAGAAGCACCAGAGGCACCAAGCUGCUCUCAAAAGACGCAACGGACGGCGCGUCUGAAACAGAAAGUAUGAGUAAACCCGCUACUGCUCCGGCCGAGUCCGAGUCAGAGGUUUCACACAGAGCUGAGGCUAAACCGGCGGCGGGGAGAGCGGGGCGAAGGCAAAGCAGAAGGCUAAAUAAAGAUAUUCCAGAAAAACAAGGCUCGUCGUCUGCAGAAGCGGAAAAGUUAGCCGCACGCGCCGGUGAAAGUUUGCCGGUUAAACUCGAGGAAAUGAAUGUCCCAAGCAUAAAGUUGAUAAAGAUCAGAAACCCCAAAUAUGACGCUCAGGCCAGUGGGAAGGCCUUAUCUCGUAAGAAAAAGCGGAAAAAAUAUAUUUGGACUUUAGCGCUGGUCAAGCUCGGAAGCGAAACCCCGCGGGCAGAAGAUACCCGGAAGGAGCCGACAGAGACGGAGAGCAAAGUGGAUCAGGUCGCCCCUUGUGACACCAGCGUGAAGAAGACUACGAAGGGACCGGGUAAAACGCCGCAGCAGGAAAGCGCGGCCCCACUGGAAAGCGUGGAAAGUGUCGAAAAGGAUCCCCAAAGCCUGGCCGACACCUGAAACAUCAAGUUCACACGUGCCGGCUGAGGCAAACCCCGUCUGUGAAGCUCCAACGCCAGAAAUGACUAAAGCAGACUGUGGGAAGGUGCCACCUCUUCAGAUCAAAAAGGUCUCCUCUCCCGGCAAACACAAAAGCUCAAAGCCGUCUUUUCUGAUUCAGCAGGUCAGCCCCACGUCUGAAAAGAAAGAGGAACACCUGAAAGAUCCGCCCGAGGUUCAAGAGGACAAGCCAUCUCUAGAGGAUACCGAGCUCAGUCCCACCAGGAGGCUAAGAAGAAGAGCGCCGAGCCUCGAGUCGCCACGGAAGAAACCCGUCGGCCAGAAACCGGCGACCGCCGACAGACGGAGGUUAAGGAAAACUCCCGCAGAAGAAGAAAUGCCGCAGGAGAAAGCCGAAGUUUCCCCCGAGGCGUCGACCGAGGAGCCCGCCCCUCCGGUUCCUCCAACAAACUCCUGCCCUGAUUUGGCUGAAGACCCGCCACAGGCGACCAGUUUAAACUCCUCCGACGUUCCCGAAAAGGAGAUCCCAAACGCCGCCGACGAUCCCUCGCAGACGCCGGCCGAGGUUUGUCCGCCGACGUCGGAGCCCACGCCAGAACCCACGCCAGAACCCCAGACCGAAGAGGCCAACCCGCUGCCCGUGCCUUCCAAACCCCGAAAACCUAGAAACCAUAAACAGUCCAAGAAGAAGAAGUCCGCUCAAAAGCAGAAGGCGGAUGUUUUGCCCGAUACCACAGUAGACGUGGCGCCCGACGAGGCGCCUGUCGCGCCCCCUGAAGCCGUCGACUUCAUUAACACGGAAGUGUUAACACCCGUCCAGGUGCAAGAUGUCCAGCCUUUGGUGGAAGAGGUCUGUCGGCUCGAGGAAAAGGAGAGAGCAGAGCCGGAACCGGAGCCCAAACAGCACCCGGUUUUAGUAGAAGAGGUAGAAGAGAGCCCGACGCCACCAACGGUGAAGGAGGAACCAGACAUGCAGUCUAUAGACAGCCAGCAGCUGGGAGGCAGCCAGGAGACGGCGGACCCCCCGACGAUGGACGGUCAGCAGCCGCCGGAGAGCCAGGCGGCGGAAAGUCAAACGCACGAGCCGCCGUCGUCCAAGAAAUCGUCCAAAAAGCUCAAAAAGAAACGCAAAAACUUAAUCGGCCAGCAUCAGAAACACAGGCACCGCGGCAGGGACGGGAAGUUCGCCCCGCUCAAAUCCCCCGAGGGCCAGCGUGCUUUUGAGGCGGACGCCGACGGCCCCCCGCUGCUGGCCGCUCCGCCUCCGCCCCGGAGCGCCGCGCUCGUCGGCGUGCAGAAGAAGUACAAGAAGAAGCACGCGGGCCUGCCCUUCGCCGGCGCCAAAAAGUCCAAAUCCCAGUCUAAACUCAUAUCCAAGCUGAUCGACAUGGGGAUGGAGAAAGGCGGCCUGAAGCAGGAAGAGGCCGACACGCCCGUGGACUCGGAGCCGCCGGACGUCGCUCAGGCUCAGCCGUGCAAGUCCAAGUUUGUGAAAAACAUCAAGCACUUCAUCAUGCCCGUCGUAAGUGCAAGGUCGUCCCGGGUGAUCAAGACGCCGCAGAGGUUCAUGGACGACGCGGGGAUGUCGGUGCUGCCUCGCAGGCACUCCCCCAAGAAGGGCCUGCAGCUGGGCCUGAACAUCCGCCCGGGGAAGAGGCGAGACGACGGGCCGGAGAGGCCGCUGUCGCCCAUCUUCCCCAGCGACGAGGAGGAUAUUCUGAGUGAGGCGCAGCUGGACGUGGAUCUGUUUUCAGCCCAGGACCUGGAGGACAGCAUCGAUCUGGCCGACAGCCUGUUUUUCGACUGCAAGAGCGAGAAGAGCGAGAAGAAGAAGCCACCUCUCAAGAACUCCGGCUUCAAGUGGAAUCUUCCCGAGGAUUCGUGCGAGGAGCUCUUCGCACUGGACGAAACCCCCGAGCGCAAAUGCGAGGAUCUGUUUUCAGCGGCCCCGGCGGAUAAGCUCCCGGAACCGCCGGCGGACCUCGCGGAGGUCCUGAAAAAGAAGAGCCCCCCCAAAUUGAACAAGCAGGCGGCUCACCUGAAGAUCUAUCAGAGACUAAAGAAGCCCGCCCUGGGGCUGCCUAAAAGCAAAGUCUCACAGGAGCUGGAGCCCGCCAGCAAACCUGCGCUGCCCCCGGUGGAUCUGGCUGAGGGACUGGACGACGAGGUCAUGAGCAUCAGCCUGAGACAGCGGGACACGAGCGUGGAGAAGGAGAAGGAGAAGUCCAAGAUCAAGAUCGAAGACCUGGACAGUCCCGGGGUGGUGAGGAAGGUUUCCGUCUGCGUCCGGGCGCCUAAUUCCAAUUCUCUCGUGCUGAAAGAAUGCGAAGAGGAAGUGUCUGUGGCAGUAAAAGACACCGCCCUGCGGGACUCAGGAGUGUUUGCAGGAGAGCGGUCGCUGGUGCAGAAGUCGGGUCCAGGGGAAGCCGUUGCUCAUGGGCACGUAGAGAAGGCGGCGCCACAAAGGGCACGCCUCACCAGCGCAAAUAAAAAAAUGCUGAAUCUCCUCAGGAAAGCGAAGGUUCAACUCAUUAAAAUCGACCAGCAGAAACAGCUCAAGUCCUCUGGGCUGUUAUCUGGCCCAGCUGGUUCCAGAUCUCAAGAUAUCGCCUCAAAGAGACACAGGAGGAAGCAGAGGGCGCAGGUUCCUCGUCCUCAGGUUCCCGUCAAGACCGAGCCGCUUCAAGGACAACCGCAGCUCAUCUCCCCGCUGUGCCAGGAGUUUCGUCGUGCUGGGGGUCCGCGCAUCAAGCACGUGUGUCGCGCCGCCUCCGUGGUGCUGGGCCAGCCCCGGGCCAUGGUACCCGACGACAUCCCCCGACUGAGUGCCUUGCCGCUGCAUGAGAGAUCCGGCAUUUCGCCGUCAGCCGUCGCUAAAGAUGUCGGGUCUCCGUCAGAAUCAGACAGUCAGAGCCUGUCGGACCCAAAGGCAACAAAGUCAAAGAAGCCAUCCAGUUUCGCGAAGAAGAAAGGGCUCGGUCCGUUCGGGUACCGCUCUCGAAGGUGUGGCAUCUGCAAAGGCUGCAACCACGAGGAGGACUGCGGGAGGUGCAUAAACUGCCUGGACAAGCCUAAGUUUGGUGGUCCCAAUACCAAGCGACAGUGUUGUGUGUACAAGAGAUGUGAUCAGAUCGAGGAGAGGAAAGCACGCAGACUUAGCGGCAGAGCGGCUCCCAAAAGUUCGUCUAAGCGGAGGCGGUCGUCGCUCAGCGGGGGGUACUCGAGCAACGAAGAAGGGAACGAGGUUGGCGGCGACUCGCCAUCUGGUCCCAACACAGACGGCCACAGCCCGUCGGUGAGGAAGCAGCCGAAGCGCGUCGUCAAGCCCCGCGUCUACUUCGACCUGGUGGAUUACGACUCGGAUCUCGACGACAAAGCUUUCUCUAGCUCUGCCUCCCCGGCGAGGAGGAGGGGCACCGGACCGCGCUUCAACCAAGACUUUGUGUCCCUGGACGGGUUCUUCGAAGACUUUUCAGACGAUGAAGUCAGACACCGUAAAUCCAGUUCACACCGGGUACCGCAGGGUCGACGGAAAGCUGAGAAGGCUCUUUCAUCUCAGGUUCCCAUGGAGCAGACUCCUCCCAGCGUCCUGGCUGCCCUCGCUCAUGGAUUUGAGCAGCGGGAAGUCGAGUCUUCUAAACCAACUCACAAAAUCAGGGUGGAUUUUAAGGAGGACUGCACCUUGGACAACGUCUGGAACAUGGGCGGUCUAAGUAUCCUGACCUCCGCGCCCGUCAUGCCGCCCUAUGUUUGCUUCCUCUGCGCCAGCAAAGGACAACACGAGAUGUUGUACUGCCAAGUAUGCUGUGAACCCUUCCACCAGUUUUGCCUUGAGCCCGCGGAUCGGCCCUCGGAGGAGAAUAAGGAAAACUGGUGCUGCCGACGCUGCAAGUUCUGUCACGUGUGCGGCGGGAAGAACAAGAUGUCCAAGCCUUUAUUGGAGUGUGAGCGAUGCCAGAACUGUUAUCAUGCUUCCUGCUUGGGGCCCAACUAUCCCAAGCAAAACAAGAAAAGGAAAGCCUGGGUUUGUACAACAUGCAUCCGGUGCAAAAGCUGCGGCGUGACCCCGGGGAAGACAUGGGAUACAGACUGGAACCACGACAAAGGCCUUUGUCCAGAUUGUUCAAGCCUCUUUGACCAGGGUAAUUACUGUCCAAUCUGCUUCAAGUGUUAUGAAGACAAUGACUACGACAGUCAGAUGAUGCAGUGCGGCUCAUGUAACCACUGGGUGCACGCCAAGUGUGAGGAUCUGACAGAUGAGCUGUAUGAGAUCCUGUCCAGCCUCCCUGAAAGCGUGGUGUAUUCGUGCCGGCCGUGCAGCGUCACCCAGCCCAGCGCCUGGAGGGAGCUGCUGUACAUAGAGCUCAGGGCCGGAGUGGAGAAGGUGUUGGCUUGCCUGCUCUCCUCCACCCUCACCCAGCACCUUGUUACAUGCUCACAGUGCGAAAGGUCCAUUGACCCCGACGGUGGAGCUGAAAACCAGCCGGCCUGUGACCUCCGAGCUGUUGGCAAAAAGUUCGACAAGGGCCUGUACACCACGCUGAAAAUGUUCCAUGAAGACGUGGUUCAGGUGAUACGAAAAAGGCUCGAACAAGAAGACCACCUCCCGGAGGAGCAGAGACCCACGGCCCUGGCCCGCUCUUACUACCUAAAGCUCCUUGAAGAGGUUUUUAACUGGUUUAACAGCCAAGACCCAGAGUUGUGGAACCUUUCUACCAAAGACUUGCCACCAGGGAUGUUGUCGACUGCCGUUCAUCCUCCCACGACGGAACACGUUUACGCCCAGUGGCAGGAGAGGAUGUCGUCCCGGCCGCCGCUAGGCCUCCUUCAGGACGACAACGAACCACAGAGCUUGGACAUAAAAGAGGAAGAGGCCGCUUCUCCGAUGUCGGGGGACUCAAUGGGCCGAAACCAUUUCAAGAAUAGCCGCAUGGCCAAACUCAAAGGGAAACGAGGCCGGCUUUCAAAAGCUGAUUUGGACACUGGGUGGUCUAAAGAGGACGAAAGGCAGUGCUCCUUGUGCCAGAAAUACGGCGACCUCAAACCUAACGAAGCUGGCCGGCUGCUCUACCUCGGCCAGAAUGAGUGGGCCCAUGUCAACUGCUGCUUAUGGUCUGCUGAGGUCUUUGAGGAAGAUAAUGGCUCUCUGCUGCACGUACACAGCGCUGUGACAAGGGGGCGAUUGAUGCGAUGCGAGCGCUGUAAUCAGACUGGUGCCACCGUGGGCUGCUGUCUGACAUCGUGUCAGAGCAACUACCAUUUCAUGUGUGCGCGCUCGCGGCAGUGCGUGUUCCAGGAUGACAAAAAGGUCUAUUGUCACAAACACAGACAUCUCAUCAGUGGCAGGAUGAUAACGGGUCAGGAGUUUGAAGUAAACCGGAGAGUUUAUGUGGACUUUGAGGGGAUCAGCCUUCGCAGAAAGUUCCUGACUGGACUGGAGCCCGAACUGAUCAAUGUGAUGAUCGGUUCCCUGCAGAUUGACAAGUUGGGGAUGCUGUCUGAACUUUCCGCCAGCAAAGGCAAACUGUUUCCUGUCGGUUUUCAGUGCUCCCGGUGGUACUGGAGCACACUGAACCCGCUGCGUCGGUGCAGAUACACCUGUAAGGUCCGGGAGGUGCGACCCGUCGUCCCAGAGAAGCCUGUGGAGGAAAUGCCCGACCAGGGAGACAAUCACACUAUUGCUCACAGCCCGCGUCGGCUACCUGAAUCUGCUGCCCAGGAGGCGGAGGAAACAGAUGCCCACCCCCCUGCAGACGAAUCCUUUCAUCCAGGUCUUCCCACAAAGUCUGAUCACAGCACGAAGCCAAAAAUACCCAGUCACCCCCUUCAUAGGAGACCAGCUGGAGGUCUGUCCCGUCCUCUGCCAUGCCCGGGUGUAGUCCAGACAAAACCCCACCACAUCCUGACCAUAAGUGACCUGGAAGAGACCCGAAGAGCUCGCCGCCACAGCCCGCACUCACAGACGCCAGGCCUGCGCAGUCGCAUGUCCCCUCCUCCCGUGGCUCCCCUAACCGGACCCAUUACCCUCCGCGCUGGCAAGUCUCCUCACCCCACCUCCCCUCUGUUUCCGCUCGGCGUUUCCGACGCCCUCAUGAAUCCGUCCCGCUCAGUCGGCGGCAGGAACGCCUCCUCGGUCCGCGCCGCGUCGUUCUUCCCCCAGUCCCACUGGCAGGACGGCACCGCCUCCAUGCAGCAGCUGCCGAGAAACCGCCUGUCGUUUGACAUCAGCGGCCCGGACUCGGUCGAGGUGCCGCACAACUUCUUAGCGUCGCCGGAGCCUGAAGACGUGUCUCCGGCGAACGGCGCGUCGCCCCACGGAGACGUGGGCAAGCACGACGACCAGUUCCCCUACGGUUCCUUUCACAGAGACUCCGGCUUGAGUCUGGGCGAGGAGAUGCGGACAGAGCUGGAGAUCGAGGAGACGCUUCUGAACGAAGGGGUGGCUAUGAACUGCGGGGGGCAGAUAGUGGUGGAGGGAGACGAUGCGGCGCAGUUCUGGGGAAGAACCAAAGAAGUGCAUAAGAGGAAAGCCCUCGUUGCAAACCUUCCACGUUGUGCCGCCUCAGCAAAGGAAGACCUGGGAAGCACCUCCUCGGACGAUGACAUGGAGCACUAUUUAAACUUCUCCCGGACCGUGGUCAGCUGCCCACUCCCCAAAGAUCGGUCCAAGUCUCCUUCCUCCUCUUCGGGCCGGCCCUUGGCUCAGCUGGACGGGAUAGACGACGGCACGGAGAGCGACGCCAGCGUAGCGGCGACUGACGACGCUCAGAAAGUCGAUGGGCCCGGUAAGAACCAGAUACAAAGAAAAGACCUUCACAUUAAACGUCCUGAAAUGACCAACAGCACGAGAUUCGCCGGUCUCUCGUUUGAAACGGAGCCUUCAGCCGCGAGAGACAUUACAACUGAGGGUCCCGCCCGACGUCCACCGAUAUCCUGUGAUGCCACAAGCACUCCUCUGAUAGAUCAGGAAUCUGUACUUCCUUCUCCGAUUGUCGAGUCUCUUCCUAGCUUACUCACUAAGGUGCCUGAGACGUCCUAUUCGGAGGAGCUCUUAUCCGGGUCCAGCUUAGGCUUCGCCUCCGACGCGCCGCUCGUUCUUGAGAGAUGUUUCACAGAGCUGCUUCCUGUUUUACAAGGGACUGAAAACCAAGAGGCUGACACCUGUACAGGCGUGACCACCGAGUCUGACGGUCCCAGCUUCACGCCUUCAGCCGACGGUCCGGCGGUUUUGAUGAACCACAUCGCGUCUAAUCUGAUGGACCCAGCCGACAACAACCAGAGCUCCAUGCUGGGCCUUCUCCAGCCCUCCCCCUUCUCGUCUGCCGACGUACAAAACCCGCCGCAGUGUCUCGUAGACGCCCUUGAGGUGUAUUCGUGUUUACCGGGUUUCAGUCAUCCUCCCCUGACCAGUAUUACACUUCAGCCAGUGCCGACGGCUCAAGAGUCCCACGGCUUCCCGUGCGUCGAGCCGCCAUCGGCUAAACUGACAAGCCUCACUCCCGUAGAAGACGUUAGCCAAACGCAGCUAAACGAGCGUCAGAACGACCCGGCCUUACCGGCUGCCUUAGGGACGGCUUCCCCGGCUGAAACCUGCGCGGCUCUCUUCUCCGCUCAAACACAGCCGUUCGGCUCUGUGACCACCGUUGCUUCCUCUGCCUCCCUGUCGACUCUUCCCGGGCUGCUGGCGCAGUGCUCAGCCGCGGCUCCGUCGGCGCUGCAGCCCACCUCCGCGCCCGUGGUCCUGAACGGCUACAGCUCCGCCUCCGUGCAGAAGGAAGCCACGUCCAGUCACACCAUCUCCAUCAACUUCUCCACUCCAAGGCCAGCCAUCGAGCCCCACCAGCACGUGUUGCCCCAGGCGUUGCCCGGUCACGCCAUCCUCACGGUGAAGGAGGUAGGGGGUCCGAAUGUCGACCCCACCCCUCAUGUGCUGCUGGUGAACCGCCUCGGGCAGAUCUUCGUGAAGAACCCCGAGAGCAACACCUUCCAGCUGCCCACUCCCAACUCCCCAUCCUACAACUGCGUCACCCAGAUCGCCAGCCUUUUGCAGAGCAACACGCUUUCGGCCACUCUGGCCGCGGCGGGCAACAUGACCGCCCCGCCGCCCGCCGGCAACGCGGCGCCGGCUCCCGCUUCCGUCACGCCGGCGGCCCAGAGCCCGGCUACCGUCACGCAGCUGCUCGCCCACAACAGCAACGGUGCCGUGGCCUCGGCGAAUUCGAAGAAGUCGCGGAAAAACCCGAAAACGUCGAAAGACGAGACGGUCGCAGAGCUGAAGAAACCAAAGAAGAAGAAGGAGUCCAGUUCAUCCAGGAAAUCCAAGUCCUCCAAGGCUGCCGGACAGCCUGCCUUAUCCGCUGAGAACCUCCCGAUGACUCCCGCCGAGAGCGCCCAGGCCAUCAUCAAUCAAGCGAUGGCGAGUAACUACACCCCCAAAUGGAGCGGGCUCCGGACAAUGAGUCCGUCCUCCCUGGUUUUACCCCCGGGCCUUCUAAUUGAGCCCGAGUCUCCGGUGUCCCCACGUUCGCCUUCACCGCCAGCGGUGCCGCCGCCGCCGCCUCCUCCUCCAGCACCUCGCCCUCGCUCCCACGUCCGCAUGAAGAGAGUGUCUUCGCUCUCGGACCGCAUCGUCACAAAGAAGUGUAAAGUUGACUUCCUACCACCAGAGGGCAUCAGCGAGGAGGAGGAGCCGCGCAAGCCGGCUUUUCCAACGGCGUCCAGCAGGGCGUCAGGAGUUCGCAUCAAAACGCCGACAGUGAAGGGGGUCCUAAACCUGGACGAGUUGAAGGAUGAGCGUCUCAGUGACUCUGAUGACUCGGGAUCUGACCCUUGGAGCUUCCUGUCUCCGGGUGAACCAGGAAAGCAGCAGCCAAAGGAAGCUGUGGGUCAUGUCAACCUGACAGACUGGAAGAAAUACACAGGAUCUGCUUCCACCUCGGAUGAUGAAGCAACUCCGUCCGACGACAAUGAAGGAUGUCCAGCCAACAAAGACCAGCCGCAUCUGAGGUUUGAGAUCACCAGCGACGACGGUUUCAGCGUGGAGGCCGACAGCGUUGAGGUGGCCUGGAAAGCCGUGGUUGAUGGCGUGCAGGAGGCGCGAGCGAUCACGAGGCUCAGGCCUCUGACUUUUCAGAAAGUAACAGGCGCCCGUAUGCUGGGACUGAUCCACGACGCCGUGGUGUUUCUGCUGGAGCAGCUCGAAGGAGCCCACCGCUGUCAGCGGCAUACUUUCCGUUUCUUCAAGCAGUUCAGCCAGGAAGACGACCUGCCUGUGAAUCCCACUGGCUGUGCCCGCUCCGAGCUCUACGUUAGGAAGUCUACGUUUGAUAUCUUCAACUUCCUGGCUUCGCAGCACAGACAGCUUCCAGACAUUGGACCAUAUGAUGAUGAGGAAGAUGAAGUUCUUCUGAAAUCCACAAGACGGGCUACCAGUUUGGAGCUGCCCAUGGCCAUGCGAUUCAGACACCUGGAGAGGACGUCCAAGGAGGCGGUUGGCGUCUACAGGUCUGCGAUUCAUGGACGGGGUCUGUUUUGCAAGAGGAACAUUGAAGCCGGAGAGAUGGUCAUCGAGUACGCCGGCAUCGUUAUUCGCUCGGUGCUCACCGACAAAAGAGAGAAGUACUAUGAUGGGAAGGGUAUCGGCUGCUACAUGUUUCGUAUCGACGACUUCGACGUGGUGGACGCGACGAUGCACGGCAACGCGGCCAGGUUCAUCAACCACUCCUGCGAACCCAACUGCUACUCGCGCGUGAUCAACGUGGAAGGCCGGAAGCACAUCGUCAUCUUCGCGCUUAGGAAAAUCUACCGGGGCGAGGAACUCACCUACGACUACAAGUUCCCCAUCGAGGACGCCAGCAACAAGCUCAACUGUAACUGUGGGGCCCGGAGAUGCCGCCGCUUCCUCAACUGAUGACUCUGUUUGUUUUUUUUUUUCUUAAAGUGGUGGAUCCUUGGUCACUAGUAAGCCUUAUAACUAAGGCGGUAAGCAUCAGUCUGCACAGCCUGGAAUAGGGAUAACCACUAUGAGACUGACUGGAAACGUGCUGGUCAGGAAUGAUCCAUUGUGUGGCCUGGAAAGGAAGGAAAAUCCUACUUUUUGCAAGUUUCCUGCCUCACAUUUCCACCUUUUUUUUUGUUUUUUGUUUUUUUUUGUUUCGAGGAACCUUCACGUGUUUGGCUGAUGCUGCAGUUAGCCAGGAAAUGGUUUUUGAUAUUCGUAAUAUGACUUUUGAAGCGGACGCAAAGAGGGGAGUUCCUCUAGUUCAAAUGGAGGAUGCCAACACUCACCAAGCCUUAUGUGUUUGCUGAAAAUCUAUCUUUAGCUAAACUUUGGUUCCUUACACGUUUCUUUCUUCUUCUUUUUUUUUCUUUUCUUUCAGACGGGAUUCAUAAAUAGUUCACAAUUACUCUGUUUAGUUCUUUUUGUUUUGGGGAUUAUAGCCCCCUCUGUGCAGUGGCGACGUCUGUUUUUUGAGCCAUACAUUCACCCAGUCAUGUACAUGUGUGUUUUUAAUUUACUUACAAUCAACAUUUGUCUAUUUUUUUUUAUAUGUAAAUUUUGUUUAUAACUAAGCAACCAUGGUGCUAAAGCUUUGAAAGCUUUCGUUUUUCUUUAGUUGGACUAAGACGUCUCGAGAAUCAGGAGUUGUCUAGCUGUAUAUUCUACUCUCCCUGCUGAGAUCGCCGACGUGAAACCUUUGCACUCGAGAGCAUUACUCCUAAAAAAAAAAAAAAAAAAUCACUGGCGUGCCGAGAUUUUCCGACUAGCAUCGAGCGUCCGCUGGUUUUCGCCCAGCGUUCAUUGGAUGCAAUGCGCUGGCGGUAUCAUGGUGUCAUAGAUAUAAAGACGGAAAGCGCGUCUUAAAAGACGCGGCGUUCGUUCUGCGUAUGUAGCAAACACUACCCAUGCCAAAAGUUGAAGGGAGGGAAGAAAAUUUUAAAUAUUUUAUUUUCUUGUUCGAUAAUCUUUAUUUUUUAUUUUUUUUUUCCUACUGCAAUAAGAGUUGGCAGCCCGGCGCUUGCUCACGAAUAAACGUCACAUCAAAACAUUACCUUCAUCUUUCUGAGACCUGCGACAGUCUCUCUAGAAGUCAGGGAGAGCUCCGGGGACAAAGAGCAUUUGCUACUGAGCGCGUUGCGUUCGGCUCGGGCCAGCCGAACGUCGGUCGGCGCAGAGCGGAGCCAGGAGGGGCAUUCUGCACCUUUUUUUUAAGUAAAAAUUAAAAAAAACAAAAAAAACAAAGUCUAAAUGUUGUAAGUUUGAUGUUCAAUACUGUUAAUGACGAGGCUAAAUCGAAGCGACGCCGUUCCGCUUGUUGAUCGUAUUUAUUCACGUUUUGGAUUUUUGUGUUUUUAAUGGUGAAAGGUCGUGCUGUGUAUAAUGCGGUGGCGCUCUAGUGUACUGAUACGAUUUCCUCCUCUUUCGCAUCUUUCUUUUUUUGUUUACAGCUGACGUCCUUCGUUUCAUUUACUUGAAUUUUCAUUUCAGGCCGUUACGUCAUACAUUUAAGCCUUUUAUGUGACUUCCUGAAACAGUUUUUUUUUGUUUUUGUUUGUUUUAAAGAAGCAUUUUUAUUAAUUUUAUUUUUGUAUUAUAAUACUGUCUAUCUUAGUAUCAGCGACAGGAGUUAAAAGUGAGCACUUUUUGCCUACUAAAACCCACUCUCUCUCUCUCUCUCUAUAUAUAUAUAUAUAUAUUUUUUUUUUUUUUUUCUUUGCCCCUCCAUCCUGUUUUAGAGACUCAACAGAGCAAAUGUACAUCAUGUUUUCUCAUUUCCUCAUUAGCACGACCUAUGCUGGGAUGGAGCCCAGAUUAGCAGAGCAGAGUCAGUCCUAACCUUCAAGGAUUUCUACCUCAGCUGCUUUAACAGACAUUUGGGAAUACUGAUGCAAAAAGAGACUUUGAUUAAAAGAACUGAAACGCUCGGUUUUAAUAUUCUUGUGUGUGUGUGUGUGUGCGCGUGUGUGUAUAUAUUGUGUGUUUUUCUUUAAUUCUGUGUGCAUGGAAAGAAGGCUGCAGAAGCACUAGUUAAAAAAGCAGAGGUUAUGACCAUCUCUCCCAGGAUCUGUUAAGAAAGCUGUAUGUUAUAUAUACACACCUAAAUAAAUAUAUAUAUAUAUAAAUAUAUAUAUAUAUAAAAAAUCUAUAAAAUAGGGUUAUUUUAAAGUGUAAAAGACAUAGAAAUGAGAAAAUGUGCCCUUUAUUGUGUACAAAUAAACCGAGUUUGUAAAUAUUUGUAUAUACAUUUCUAAACCUGUUUAAUUUUCUAUGCACUUUUUUUUAUUUAUAAUGUUACUUGCCUAAUAAAGAUGUUAAGAUGUUUGAUCA